AUGAGCUCCUCCACUAGUAGGAUGGAACAGAACAGAACAGAAGAAGCGACCAAUUAUGACUUUCAGGGUUUUGACUCAGAGGAAGAAUUAAACCCGCUUCCUUCUGGAGUCGGCCAGGAUUCAGAGGACUUAGAUGAACAGGACCAAAUUGGCUCACCUGACUCCGUAAAUAAAUCAUCUCCAGAAGAGACCAAAAAGUCAGGCAUGAGAGGGCUCAUCAGCAGGAUGAAAGCUAUUUCUGUCCAAACAUUUGCUCAAGAGUCAAUCCUGAAUGUGAGGUCUAGAGUCAGGCGUAGGCUGGCCCACCGUCAAGGACAGGAAGCUGUCAGUUCAGAUACUUCAAUGCUUCUGGAGAGUGAGGAUAGUCUUUCAAAUGAGAUAAUUACAACCGAAGAUCAGCAUACAAACAGUGAGUCUGAAGAGGUUUGGCCUUCCACUGCCCUCUGUAAAAGUGACUGUGAGCGUCGUCUUGAUGAGGCUCAGAAAUGCCACAUUGAGAAAGUGGCUGAGCUUGAGAGAGAAAAGGAGGAAAUCCAGGCUAUAAAGGAAAACCUCUUCUCUCAAGUUAGUCGUCUGCAGGAUGAGAGCAUCACAAAUGAAAGGAACAGGAGCCUCUUGACUGAGAAGGUGGCGAGUCUUGAAACAAGACUGGAUGAAAAAGAGAGAGAAAAUGAAAAUUUGGUGGCAGAAAUUGACGAUUUGAAGGAAAGGAAUUGGCGUCAAGAAAAGCAUUAUGGAGAGAAAGUGCUUCACCUAACAAGAGACUUGCAGCAAGCUCAGGACAGAGAAAGGGCCCUGAACCAGCAAGUGACCUCUCUCCAAACAUUAUUUAAUAAAACACAAGACAGGACUACACAGCUCAGGGUAGCAUUGCAUGACUGUCAGUGUCGUCUUGAUGAGGCUCAGAAAUGCCACAUUGAGAAAGUGGCUGAGCUUGAGAGAGAAAAGGAGGAAAUCCAGGCUAUAAAGGAAAACCUCUUCUCUCAAGUUAGUCGUCUGCAGGAUGAGAGCAUCACAAAUGAAAGGAACAGGAGCCUCUUGACUGAGAAGGUGGCGAGUCUUAAAACAAGACUGGAUGAAAAAGAGAGAGAAAAUGAAAAUUUGGUGGCAGAAAUUGACGAUUUGAAGGAAAGGAAUUGGCGUCAAGAAAAGCAUUAUGGAGAGAAAGUGCUUCACCUCACAACAGCCUUGGAACAAGCUCAGGACAGAGAAAGGGCCCUGAACCAGCAAGUGACCUCUCUCCAAACAUCAUUUAAUAAAACACAAGACGAGGCUACACAGCUCAGGGCAGCAUUGCAUGACUGUGAGCGUCGUCUUGAUGAGGCUCAGAAAUGCCACAUUGAGAAAGUGGCUGAGCUUGAGAGAGAAAAGGAGGAAAUCCAGGCUAUAAAGGAAAACCUCUUCUCUCAAGUUAGUCGUCUGCAGGAUGAGAGCAUCACAAAUGAAAGGAACAGGAGCCUCUUGACUGAGAAGGUGGCGAGUCUUGAAACAAGACUGGAUGAAAAAGGGAGAGAAAUUGACGAUUUGAAGGAAAGGAAUUGGCGUCAAGAAAAGCAUUAUGGAGAGAAAGUGCUUCACCUGACAACAGCCUUGGAACAAGCUCAGGACAGAGAAAGGACCCUGAACCAGCAUUCAGAGGAAACAAUCAGCAAGCUCAGAGAAGAGCUCAAGGCAAAGCAGGAGGAAGAGAUACUAGCGCCAAGUGAAAGACAUCUUAACUCCACUGGGGUGCAGACAGACGAGAUAUCACCUGAACCUCAGCAGCUGGAAACUCCUGCUGCUGAGGCUCAGAGUGAAAGCCUGUGGAAGUGCUCUCUCAGAGGUGCACUGAGCGUAGGCAAGUUCAUUGGUGUGUCCGCUGCAUAUGCACUUGUUGCAGUGGGUAUACUGUCCAUUGGAUUGAGUGCUCAUUGUGAUUGCCCAGGACACCCCUUUUAA